UAGGAAUUUUUUUUAAUAAUAAGCGAAAUUAUGAAAAUAAAUUAAAUAUAAUAUAAAAUGGAAAAAUUCAGUGCUAAUUUAAAUAUGAGUCCUAGUACAAGUGAUAUCCAAAAUUCUGAUUCAUUAGAUAAAAACAAGGCUCCUAAAUUGAAAUGUAAUAAAACUUUUUUUCCUAAGCCACCAAUCUCUCUCCAAAAAAGAAUGCUAGACGAUGAUGACGAUAUCGCAUAUGCUAAAUAUGGCGCUUCCCAUGGCACUCACGGCAAUCCUCCUCUUAUUUUUGAAGCUCCCAAAAUGGAACUUUUUCUUAAAGCCAAAAAAUUUUACCAUAUGGUAGCACCUAUUUUUAAAAUUUGUGACUUAGAACAUGAAGAAAAUCAAGAAAUAUUUACAUCCUAUUACAUAUAUUAUACGCAAUUAUUCGAAAUUUUCGAUAAAAAUACAAAAUACACCGUUAUAAUUUUUCCUGUUACCAUUAGAUAUGAUUUAAAUUGA